UGUUUUUCCACGCUGAACUGCUGCUGCACCGGGAAAAUGUCUCGAGUUUACGUGGGAAAAUUGAGCUAUCGCGCCAGGGAGAAAGACGUGGAAAGGUUCUUUAGAGGCUAUGGGAAGAUUCUGGAAGUGGACCUCAAAAAUGGAUAUGGCUUUGUAGAGUUUGAUGACCCCCGUGAUGCAGAUGAUGCCGUGUAUGAUCUUAACGGCAAAGACCUUUGUGGAAAGAGAGUUGUAGUGGAGCACACCAUUGGACAGCGUCGUGAUGGGGCCAAUAGAGGCGCUAGAGGUAGCCGGUAUACGCGUGGAGGAGGGGAUAGGCAUAGCCAACCUACACGCACAGAUUACAGACUGAUUGUGGAAAAUCUUUCUAGUCGCUGCAGCUGGCAGGACUUGAAGGACUACAUGCGUCAGGCUGGUGAAGUAACAUAUGCAGACACUAAUAAUGGCCGCAAGAAUGAGGGUGUGAUAGAGUUCAGGCAGUACUCGGACAUGAAAAGAGCCCUGGACAAACUCGACGGCACUGAGGUCAAUGGAAGGAAGAUUCGGCUCAUCGAGGACCGGCCUGGUGCCAGACGCCGACAAUCCUACUCCCGCAGUGCUUCCAGGUCUCGCUCCAGGAGCAGGAGAUCUCGCAAGAGCCGAAGCCACAGUCGAACCAGCAGCCACUCACGACCCUCAGGCUCAAGAUCACGCAGCAGGUCAAUCAGCCGGAAGGGCAGAAGCAGUCAGGCAGAGGAGCACAGUAAUAGAGCUCACAAGAGCAGAGGAGAUGAAAGUGGCAGAGAUAACAGCAAGAGCUGUAGCCCCCAGAACAGAAAGAGCAAACGGGAGAGCAAGAGGGACCGCUCCUAUUCUCGAUCCAGAUCUCGAUCCAAAUCGGGGAACAGUAGGGAUGUCUUCACUGAGUCCGGAUCCAAGACUCGGGAGGCAACCCAGAGCGAUGGUGAAGGCAGAGGGGCAGAAAGGGCACACCGUUCUAGUGCUCAUUCUCGAUCCCGGUCACAAACGCCACCAGAUGCUGAGCUGCGCAGGAAAUCUAGAUCCAGAUCCAAAUCUCGCUCCCGUUCACACUCACAGUCUUAUUCCCGAUCUCGCUCACGGUCUCGGUCAUGAAUCAAAAUUUAAUGUUGGCAUACAUUUCUCUUUUACAAAGCAUAUUAAUUUUUUUUUUUUUUUUUUCAUCCUUUGUGUUUUCCAAGUAGAUCAUAGGGUUUUUGGGAAAUUGCUUCCUUAAUCUUAGUAUUUACUUGUUUCUUACUCUGUCAGUAUUUUGUGUCAUUAAAGGAACGUUCUGGGUUCCAUACAAGUUAAGCUCAAUUGACAGAAUAUGUGGCAUAAUAUUGAUUACCAAAAACAUUAUUUUGACUUGUCCCUCCUUUAAAAAAAAAAAAGAAAAAAAUCGAGGUCACAAUGAGGCACUUAUUAUGGAAGUGAAUGGGGCCAAUUUUUUAUGUUAAAAUACUCCCUUUUUCAAAAGUAUAGAAACAAGACAUAAACACUAUGUCUGUAAACAUGAUUUUAGUGUGAUAAAAUCACUUGCAAAACUUGUUUGUAUAAAGUUAUAGCCAAUUUUACAACUUCGUUGCCAUGAUUAUGUAAUUUCAACAAACUCUAAAAUGACCAUUUAAACAAAUUUACAGUUCAAAAACAUGAGUUUUAACAGAAGAAUUCAUGCAAGUGCUUUUAUAAAAUUAUAAGAUUCACAUUUCUGCCUUUUUAAACCCUCCAAAAAUUGUCCCCAUUCACUUCCAUUGUAAGUGCCUCACUGGAACUUAAAUUUGAGCUUUUUUAAAAAAAAAAAGAAAAGGAGGGAUGAGUCAAAAUACAUUUUUGUGGUAAUCAACAUUAUGCCACAAAUGCUGUUGAUUGAGCUUAACUUGUAUUGAACCCGGAAUAUUCCUUUAAUCUUAUGCAUCAUUUUUAGUAUUUUUUAUUUUCUUUUUUUUUGAAUAUGGCUUACAUGUAUAUUUUAUUCAUAAAUUAAGACAACCUAAAAGGGAUCCCAGAAUAGAUGUCUUAAUCUCUGCAUUGAAUACCUUAGAAGUGUACCACAUUUGUAAUGAUGGGCAGACUGUAUGCUAUUCCAUUAGAUCUUUUUACUAUGAAUUUCUCAAUGUACAAGAAUAAAAAA